CAGGGUAAGAGAGAGUCUCUGCCCCCAAGAGCACCCUGUCUGUGCUGCAAACUCUUCUGCUCCAAGCCUUCUCUUUCUUCCAUGCAUCUACUCUGGACUUUUACCUGCCCUCUUUCUUUUCCUGCCUCUACUCUAUCUCCAUUUCUUACCUCCUUUAGUUGCCUUCCUUCCCCUCCCCACUGUUCCCAGGAUGGCAUGAACCUCACUUGAUUCGUAUUAUGGUAGCAAAGUUCGCAGCGGUGAUAUGGCCCUGCGGUGUGGGGCACUGUACAGACACAGGGAAAGACAGUCCGACCCGAAGAGCUCAUUGCUGAAACAGGUCAGAUGACCAGUGAGAAGAGAAACAGGCGGAGAGAAGAAAAGUGACUGGGGAAAAGGGAUGCAGAGGUUUCAGUGCCAGAGCUGGGAUUAGAACCCAGCGUCCCUCUCCUCUGUCUCUUAUUGAGUGGGGGAUAGUAUUUACUAGCAUCUCCUUGUUUCCAUAACUAAUCCCUGCCUGAGAACUCCCAGUUCUUGGGCAAGGUUUGGAAGAACAUAGAGACCUCCUGCAAGGGGCUACAUUGAAACCAGAGCCCUGCUAGCAUUCCGCAGUGGGAUGAAGGAUUCUGCAACAUUUGAGUUUGCAUGGCUGCACAGCUGCCUGCGAGACCCCCGAGCUGGCCCUCUCUCCUCUGCAGGUCAGCCUCAGUGAGCUAUAAAUAGCAGCUGACUUGGUGUAUUGGGCUGCUCUGCUAGAGAUCACACAACUAUAUAGGGGAAACCACGGCACCCACCUCUGAAAUGAAGCCACCUCUGGAGCGGAACAGGGCAGCUGUUUUAACAACACUGCGCAACAGGUUGGGUCAGGAAGCAAAGGAUCUUAGAGCCUGUCGGCACAGCAGAGGACAUGUAGGGAACAGCCACUUGAAUUAACACACAACAGGGCUGUCAGCAAAAGCACAAGCCGCCAGAGGCCAACCUGAGAUUCGGACCACAUCCUAUUAGAUACUACGAGUCAUACAGGAGGUCGCCUGUCUGGCAGCCUCAACUGACAAGACAAAGCGUAAGAGGAGAAGAAGGGUUGUACAGGUGGGGAACUGAGGCACAAGGACACUAAGGGUAUGUCUACACUAUGGGAUAAGGUUGAAUUAAGAUCUACAACUUCAGCUACAUUAAUUACAUAGCUGAAGUUGAAGUACAUUAAUUCGGCUUUUGGCUCCUGUCCAUGCUGCAGGAACUCGAAAGGAGAACACUCUCCCUUUGACUUCUCUGACUCCCCAUGGAAGCAGGUUUAGCAUGUUUGCUAAUUCGAACCCUGGAAGAUCGACAGUGACAGCGUCAUGCUGGGGAAUUGCUCCCGUACUCCGUGCUAACAUGCUUUGGAUCAGUGUCUGGAUUUUGCUAGACUGUUUGCCCUCCAUGUGUUGAUCCUACUUAGCGUGUACAAGUCAAUAGAACACACAAGAGCCUUCGAGUUCAGUCCAAUACAAGCCUUGCACAGCAUGUCAGAAGAACGCAGCACCCACAGGAGAACCUGUUCUUGUUAUGAACAGUUUCCUCCAGAGUUAGAUCUUGCUCAGAUGCACAGAAUCUCUAUAAAAGCUGUGCCCAGCACUAUAGCGCCUGGUCGCUAGAUGCCACAGCAAAACAACAUGUAUUACAGGAUAAGCACCUCUUAGCAAACAAGCUGCCAUGACAGGCAGUGGCUGGCUCCUUCCAGCGUGUACAAGUGACCUGCAGAGAAAACUCUUCAUGGGGUUUUUGCCCUAUUCUAGCUUGUUUCUGAUGGGAAAGGCCUGACAUUCUCCCUCAUUGCUAUAGGCUUCUGCAAUAGAAAUUCACAUCAGGUCUCCCUUGGAUCACUGCGGAGCAGGGUGGUUAAACAUCCACAGGCACAAAGGAGGCAACACCAGAAUAAUUAUGAAACCUGCCUUUGGGUUGUGUCUGAGAGGCCCCCAAGCCUGCCCUAGAGUGAUCCAAGCCAUGGCCUCCCUCGAUCCCUUGGAGACCCUGCGCAUGGACAUCUCCUGCUCCGUCUGCCUGGAGUACCUGAUGGACCCAGUCACAAUUGGCUGUGGCCAUAGCUUCUGCCGGGCCUGCAUCAGCCACUGCUGGGCCCCUGGGACGCAGGAUUUUCUCUGCCCCAUGUGCCGGGAGCUGUGCGCCCAGGGCAUCAUGGUCCCCAGCCGGCAGUUGGCCAACGUGGUGGAGGUGGCCAAGCAGCUGCAUUCGGCCAAGCGUGAGGCGCAAGACGAGCUGCUCUGCCCCUGGCACCACGAGGGGCUCCACUUCUUCUGCAAAGAGGACCAGGAGGCCGUGUGCCUGGUGUGCGCCGUCGCCCACGGCGAACACGCCCACAGCGUGGGGCCCCUGGAGGAUGCCAUUGAGGAGUACAAGUCUAAGCUGCGGGGCUGGCAGUGGCGGCUGGACGUGAAGUUGAAGGAGGUGAAGAAGCGCUUCUCGGCCGAGGAGAACAGGCCCAAGGAACUGAGGGCACUGGUGAUGAGCUGCCGCCAGCGCAUCCUCGGCGACUUUGAGGAGCUGCGCGCCCUCCUGGAGGAGGAGAAGGAGGCGCAGCUGCGGCGGCUAAAAGCAGAGGAGGCCGAGAUGCUGGUGAAGCUGAAGAACAGCAUGGCCCAGCUCUCGGAGCAGCGCCUCGCCCUCAGCAAACUCCUCACCGACAUGGGGGAGAAGUGCCUGGCAUCAGGCCCACAGGCACUGCAGGACAUGCAGAGCAUCCUGCAGCGGUACGAACAAUCUAAGGCCAUAGAGCUGCCUUCGGUUUCUCUUGAGCUGAAGAAGAACGUAGAGUAUUUCCCCCGGCAGUUCUUCACCCUGACUAAGCUGCUGAGGAAAUACAGCGGGGAGGUGACCCUGGAUCCCGAGACGGCUCACCCCAACCUGGUGCUUUCAGAGAACCUCAAGACCGUGCACUUUGUCAGCGUCUGCCAGCCGGUUCCCCACAGCCCCCGGCGCUUUACCGUCUACCCCUGCGUCCUGGGAUCAGCCGCCUACCUCUCAGGCCGGCACUACUGGGAGGUCGAGGUGGGCAACAAGACCCAGUGGGCCCUGGGUGUCUGCUACGAGUCAGUCAGCCGCAAGGCCGAGGUCGACACCAAGCCGGAGUGCGGCUACUGGCGGGUGCGGCUGUGGAAUGGGAAGUACGCGGCCACCACUACCCCCUUCACGCUGCUGCACCCACAUGUCAAGCCCAAGCGGGUUGGGGUGUUCCUGGACUAUGAAGCUGGGAAAGUCUCCUUCUAUAACGUGACGGACCACUCCCACAUGUACACCUUCAGCGUGGAGUUUGCUGAGCCCGUCCGUCCCCUCUUCUACCCGGGGAUCUGCUUCGGGUAUGUUAACGCUGCCCCCCUUGUCCUCUGCCAGCCCUUGGACUGGGAGUGACAGGCCCCAGCACCAGCAUCCAGACCCCAGUUUAACAGAGGAGCCUGUUCAUAUCUCACUCCAACUUCUAGGUGAUACCCAUGUGCCCUAAAACCUUCUGGUUUCUGGCAGCCGGCGGUGAUACUGGCCUUGCUUUGGAGUCCUCUCCUAGUGAGCAAAUCAGAGCUGACCUCGCUACCCAAAGUUACACCCCUUUCCGAUACUAAGCACCAAGAGUGUCUCAUUUAUACUUUAGCACAUACCUUGAUACAUGGGCCAUUCCCCUCUUCUCUCCCCCUCCGCCCCCAAGGUACGUCAUUUCCUCCAGGCCUGUGCUUGAGCUCUGUGCAAGUUAACCAGCCAUUGGGAAGGAUCCAUAAGUGUGUGUGUCUGGUUUUUUUUUGUUGUUGUUUUUUUGUUUAGGGGGGGAGGUCUUAGUUGAUGGAGUUUGAGAUGGGUUCUGAGCUCUUACCGCCUGUGUUUUGUCUGUUUGUCCUGUUAGCACGCAUUGUCUGUCAAAUUGAGAUGGCUGUUGCUUGUGAUGUCUAAUGGUUUUUUUGCAAUAAAUUAUUUUGGGUUUUUGGAAGGGAACAUCUUUGUUUCUGUUCUUAGUUCCUUGCCACCUCUGUGCUGGGGAUCAAUAAUUCUCGACCUCUUCCGUACUUGGAAACCACCAGCACACUGCCGUUUAGGGGGUUGUGGCUGUUUUUGGCCUGACACCUU